AUGGAGACUGUAGUGGUGAUUGUGGGAGCUGGACCAGCGGGUUUAGCAACAUCGGUUUGUCUAAACCAACAUUCAAUCCCAAACGUGAUUCUAGAGAAAGAAGACAUCUAUGCUUCACUAUGGAAGAAACGAGCCUACGACCGUCUCAAACUUCACUUAGCCAAAAACUUUUGUCAGCUACCUUUCAUGCCGCAUGGUCCCGAAGUUCCAACCUUCAUGCCCAAAGAACUUUUCAUCGACUACCUUGACGCUUACGUCACUCGUUUCAACAUAAACCCUAGAUACAAGCGAACUGUGAAGUUCUCAACGUUCGAUGUGUCUAACAACAAGUGGAGGGUAGAAGCCAAAAACACUGUGACCGGAGAAACCGAGGUGUACUGGUCAGAGUUUGUCGUGAUUGCCACUGGAGAGAACGGAGAUUUGUAUAUUCCGGGAGUGGAAGGGAUUGAAAAUUUCCCUGGUGAGCUUGUGCACUCAAGCCUGUACAAGUCGGGGAGUGACUUUACAGGAAAAAACGUUCUGGUGGUCGGAGGCGGUAACUCGGGUAUGGAGAUCAGUUAUGAUCUUGAUAUCUAUGAUGCUAAUACCGCCAUUCUCAUUAGAACUCCGAGACAUGUAUUGACCAAAGAAGAGGUUUAUUGGGGAAUGACACUGUUGAAGUAUUUACCGGUAACAGUGGUUGACAUAUUGGUGAUGAUGAUGGUUAAGACAAGAUUUUUUUUGUAUGGAGAUCCCUCCAAGUAUGGACUCCUCCGACCUAAACAAGGUCCUUUUGCCACAAAAUUCUUCACAGGCAAAACUCCAGUUAUCGAUGUGGGAACUGUCCACAAGAUUCGUGAAGGAAAGAUUCAGGUUAUCAAUGGUGGCAUAGAAAGCAUCGAAGGCAAGACAUUGACGUUUGAAAAUGGACUGAAACAAGAUUUUGAUGCCAUUGUGUUUGCUACUGGUUACACAAGCUCCGUAUGCAAUUGGUUAAAGAACUAUGAGUACGUGAUGAAGGACGAUGGUUUCCCUAAAAACCCAAUGCCGAAGCAUUGGAAAGGCGAGAAGAAUCUUUAUUGUGCUGGAUUUUCAAGAAAAGGGAUCGCUGGAGCCGCCCAAGAUGCUAUGUCCGUCGCCGAGGACAUCAAUUCUAUCUUGGCAGCUACUAGAUGUUAG